AUGAGAGAAGAAACACGGCAAAUAUUUCUGCAGACGAUCGACUCUGAUGCAGGGAAGAGAAGCAUAGCGGAGGCGAUGCUAAUGGAUUUGGAGAAACAGCCUGGAUUUGUGAUGUCUCUUCCACACACCUGCAUGAAGGACGGGGACCCCAUAGUCAAGAGGGUGGCAGCCAUCUACUUCAAGAAUGCAAUAAUCAAGCAGUGGAGAAGCAACGAGUACUCGGAGGCCCGGAAGUAUCUUGUGGAAAACAUAUUGGACUUGUUUUUGUAUGGGGAUGAGGUGACUAGGACGGCAUACAACGCGAUCCUUGUGAAUAUCUUCAACAAUGAGAAGCUAAGCGACUUGGAUGGGAUGUUCCGGAAGGCAGCGGGGUUUAUGAGGACCUCAGAAGCAAACCAUGUGCUUACAGCGCUGAACAUGUAUGAAAGGGUGUUUGAUGCAGAGAAGAUCAAGUACAAUCUUGAGCAAGUUCUGGGCCUUAUGUUUGACACAGCGGGAAAGGACAUUCUGGAGAAGGUGUAUGGAUUUCUAGAGUCUGGAAACUACGGUAUGGUCAAGACUGGGAUGAUUGUGCUGUCGAAGUCCUACUGCUACUACUCAAUACCAGACUUCCUCUCUGCAAUAGGAACCUUUUCGUAUGUAUUCAAUCUUUCUCUCCGGAUUCUGAACCUAGAGGGCAGCAACGAAGACCUCCUUGAGAGCAAGAAGUGGGCGGCAUACUUCAUGUACAAGUCGUGCAGCAAGGGGAUCAAGAAGUUUUACAAGAAAAGCGAGCUUUCCGAGUAUAUCACGGACAUGAACAGGUUUCAGAUGGUGUACGCAACGUUUCUGAAGAUCAUACAGGAAAGGUCACAGCAGACCAUCGACAUCGAGUUGUAUGCCAUAGACUUUUUUGUGCUGCUGACAUCCGAUGCAGAUUUUUUCCGGUACAUGGAGCCGAAUCUGUCGUACUUUAUCUCUGGAUACAUCCUGCCCUUGUAUUCUCUCUCUGACUCUGAGGAAGAUGACUUUGAGAAUGACCCCGAUAAAUAUCUGAGGGAGAAGUACAACUUUUUUGGCAACGGCCUGAGGAGCAGCCUGAACACCUUGUUUUGCGAGAUUAUAUCGAAGGUAAAGCAAAAGGAGGAAACUUUUCAAGGGAUCAUCAGCUACCUGCUCUCGAUUCUCGGAGGCAGCAAGGAAACCCCAAGUAGAGACAACAUAAGAGCGGCAUAUGGAUCUUUCUUCUUGUUGGCAAGCAUAAAAUCUACUCUGAUGAAGAAAGCAAGAAAUGUGCUUGAGUACAUUGUGGCCAACCAUGUAAUUCCAGCACUUCGCGGAAAUUCGUGUAUUCUGAAGUCCCAGGCUUGCUACUUUCUGUCAACAAUAGAGGAGGAUCUUCCGAUCAAUGGCCUGGCCCUUGAGGCUUUGGACAACACACACAAACUCAUGAAGUCGAGCCACAGGGCGCUUAUGGUUGAGAGCACACUUGCAAUGUCGUUCUUCCUGUUUAAUGAGGCAUCCUCUGAGAAAUUCAGGCAGCUGAUUCCCGAAACUGUAGAGUCGAUACUCAGCCUCUCCAACACAUAUAAUCUUGAGCCUCUGACGAUGUUGCUGGAUUCGAUCAUUGGAUACUAUCCCGAGGAAAUAUCGAAAUACGCACCGGAGCUUGUAGGGUCUAUAUCAAGGAUCACGUUGUCGCAUCUGAUGAACGAAAGCGAUGUAGGAGAAGACAAGCAGAUGGUUGUCUCUGGCUUCCUUCGAAGCAUCGAGAGCCUUAUUCUGUCUCUCGACCAGAGGUCUCUGGUGCUCAAGUACUCAUAUGUGAACUCUUACGACGUUAUAUCCUUCAUUUUAAAGGAAGAAAAGUCUGACUUCUACCAGGAGGCCCUGGACAUACUGAAUGGAUAUGUGUAUAUGAUCAAGGAGAUAGAGGGCUCCAUGUGGGGCCUGUUCCAGAUGGUGCUGAAUCUUCCGAUUGACGAGAUAACGGUAUACUCGACAGAAGUAGCAGACUUGAUCGACAACUUCAUAACAUACGGGAAGACAAGUGUCAUGGAUGCAGGCAUACUGGGAAGCAUCUGCUCUGUGAUAUCAAAGCUUUGCCUGUGCAACGAGGAGAACUUCCUUGACGAAGACUUCAUAGGAGGAUGCCGGAUCAUUGAGUCGAUUAUCCUGAACAUAGGAAACGAGCUUCUCUCGAAAGACCCCUCAAGACUUCCGCUUUUCAUCUCUGUUGCGAUCUCUGGAGAGAAGAUGAUUGAUGAAGAUGGCCCUGCAAUUGUAUAUGCGCUUGAGCUGAUAAUGAACUGCUUCAUUCUGCGACCAAAGGAGACCAUCCGGAUCCUUAGGGAGCAGAAGUAUCUCCAAUCAUUCUUUGAAAAGCUCUUCAGCCAGAAAAACAAAUUCAAAAGAGUGCAUGACAAGAAGAUAUGCAUGCUGUUCAUAGGAACCAUUUGCAGGCUUCAGGACGGAGCUCUUCCUGAGCUUGACGUGCACGGUCUUGGCGAGGUCCUUGUGGCAACGGUCACCUCCCUCCCUGAAGCCAUAAGACUAAGGAACCAGAUGAAAGACGACGAAGACGCUCCACCGCCACUCGUAAACACAGAAGAUGAUCAAUGCCUCGAUGCAAGCGACAUCAGCUGCACGGACAUCCUAGAAGAAGACAUUUACUUCGAAACUGAGCUGGACAAAUUCGAGCCGUUCGGAUACAUCUCCUCGAUACUCUCAUCUCCUGCAUCCGGCACCUAUGCAGAGAAAAUCAUCUCCACAAUGACGGAUGAGCAAAAAGACUCCCUCUCGACUGUUCUAAAUGGUGAAAGGAUUAUCCAGAAGAUAUGA